GUCCUUUUUCAGGGCCACACGUGUGCGAAUCUCGCUUCAUGUUGGGCCUGCUGCUGUGGCUUGCCGUGGGUUGCUUGGGUGAAGAGGACGUGAUCAACCUCAAGCUGAUCGAUUCCGAGGGCAAGUUGGUAAGCAUCAGCUGGAAUCCGAUCAAGGAGGAUGUGGCAGUUGUCUCCAAGCGUUAUGCCCAAGCCCUCUAUGAGGAGGCGCCGGGUUGUGAGGUGCGGCAAGGGGACGAGAGCUGCGCAGCCAUGGAGAUUGAAGCGCGGCUGAGGCUGCGGAAGGCUGAGAUGGCGGUGGAAGCCAAGAAGAAUGGCACAAAGUUUCAGGCGAAGCACUUCUUACCCUUCCAGGGCAGGAAGAUGCGUCUGCCUUUUCAGGAGGAAGCAGCUGCGAUUGCACUGUACAGUGGCCAUGACGCCAGCAUCGCUGUGGGCAUCAAUGGUCGUAUUCAAUGCGUUCUAGAGCUCGAGCGGUUAUUUGGUCAACGCUACUAUCAGCCCCCAUCGGACCCCGAGCAAGCCAGGAAAGAGUGGCUACAAGCAUUGGAAAUCGUGCGAGACUUUUGCGAGUGCGAGGGUGGAGAGUGCCCAAUCCGAUUUAAACAUGGAAUUAUCGUGGACAGUGGUGGCAACACUGGCGGACAGCUGCGCGACCUGGUGAUGAUGCAUUUUACAGUUGAAGACUGGCACUUCGUUGACCACCAGACCGCACAUGCCUCGAUGGGGAUGUAUGCCUCACCUUUCCGGUCUGCACUGGUGGUUGCUUACGAUGCUGACUUUAUGGCCUUUGUUGCUUCCCACGGGAAGCUGGAACCCGUAGCACGCUUGGACUACAAUCUUGGUACCACGUACAUUGUUCUAGCGACUUUCCUGCCAGAGGUGUCUGGUGUCGAUGAAGAGCUUUUCGGGGAGAUGUGUGAGUGGGGUGGAGACGGCCCGCUGUUUCCCGCCAUUAAGCUGGACUGGGCGGGCAAGCUCAUGGGAUACGCCGCCACGGGCAAAGCCCGACCAGAGGUCCGAGAGACGAUCAGGCAACUGUUCGAGAGCUCCGGCGCCAUGCCCAAAAUGUCCCCAGAAAAUCUGCUGACACACGGAGAGUUCAAGACUGAGCUCCCGCGCUUGUUCAAAGAGCGCAUUCUUGGCACGGCCUGUGAAUCACUGGAUGGACAACGCGACCUAGCAGCCUCCAUACAGGAAGAGUUUGAAAACUUUUCUUUCGACGUGAUCACGAGCUUGGUGGACUUUGUCGGAAGUCAGAAUAUAGAUGGUGUCGUACUAACUGGUGGCUGCGCGUUGAACGUGCUAACCAACCAGAAGGUCCAUGAUUCAUUCACAGUCCCAACGGACCCAACCCAGAAAGUCGACUGGCAGUCUGGCAAGAAGCCUUUAGAGGUCUACGUGCCGCCCUCUCCCAACGACAGCGGCCUGACCUUGGGAGGCAUUUGGGCGAUCACGCCUCCGCCGGUGCAGCAGUCACUGCAGUACCUGGGCUUCCGACUUUGGGACGGCGAGAACUUGGCGAAGGCCGUGCACGCCUGGGGUGCCCGGCGCCUCUCGGAGCUCGGGGGCGUGGAUUAUCUGGCGGAGCUGCUGGCUGGAGGCCCCGCCUGGCUCAGAGACCGGAAGACCAGCGAAGACAGGCCCAUCAUCGCGCUGGUGCGCGGGAGGCAGGAGUUUGGGCCCAGAGCGUUGGGGCACCGGUCCUUGCUGGCUGUGCCAGACAGCAACGCUAUGCGGCUUCGCAUGAACCGGUUGAAGAGCCGACAGUGGUAUCGGCCAGUGGCGCCAAUGAUUGCAGAAGAAGCGUUGGAGGAGGUCUUUGGCAGGGUGGUGAAAUCAACUGCAAUGACCAUGGCACCGGCAGUGAAAGAGGACAUGCUGGAAAAGUUCCCGGCGCUGGCACACCUCGAUGGCACUGCGCGGCAUCAAUCAGUCAGUCGAGCUGAUGAGCCCUGGGUCCAUAGCCUUCUUCUAGCAGUUGGCCGCUGGAUAGGUUUGCCGGCCUUGAUCAACACCAGCUUCAACACCAAAGGCCGACCCAUCACCAACACCAUUGAAGAGUGUUUGGGGAUGCUGAGCUCUCUCCCGGAUUUGGACUACGUUGUGAUUGAAGACUGGCUUUUUCACAAGCCAGCUUCAGCAUCCACCAAUUGAGGAUGAACAGCACAUCAACACGGUGAUGCUGGCCUCGAAACCUUGGCGUUCUAAACGACCGUGGAUUCUGAGCACCUCAAGCGGAUGGAGGGCACAAUGGUUGUCCAGCAUGACGGCACUAUACGGCAUUGAAGUUUUAGGAUGUCAAGUCAAUGGC